AGUACAGAGGCACGCGCGCGCGCCGCCGUGUCUGCAUCUUAUUACUUUUAAAAGCAGUUAACGUGAAUAAAAAUUAUGAAAAGUUCCCUCUAGUGGCUUAUAAGUGUAAUAAAAGUGUGUAGACGUUCAUGUGAAUAAACGAAUACUGCACAUUUAUACGCUAAUAACACAAAUAUGCCGAUCGGUAACGUGAGCAGAGACCCGCCUAAAAGGGACAAUUAUAGGCCUCCCUGGGUUAAAGAUAAAGAUGCAGAUGCCCCCCCAUCAUGGAUGCAGAAGAGACUGAAGCCUGUAGACUCCGCCAAGACAGCCACGGAUUCUGAAGAGGCUGCAGCACCAACACCCACCGUUAAACCCUUGAAACCUGUUUUAAAGAAGCAGUCCACAAUAAGAGAAAAACCUGAAAACGGAGUGACAGAAAAGGCAGCACCCGUGGAAGAAAAAUUAGUUAAACCUUCUGCCGCUAAACAAGCCGACAAAGCGUCAAAACCAGCUGAUGAAAAACCACGAUUCACAAAAUCCAAUCUUAAAUCAGCUGAUAAACUAAAAGAAGAGCCAAUCAACGACAAAGUGCUAGAUAAGCCAACACUCAAGACUGUUAGAACUAUAGAUGACAAAGCUAAAGAAAAGUCUGUCACAAUUGUAGAUAGAAAAAACGCUGAUAACAAAAAUGGUACUGCAAAAACUAGUAAUACCGUUAAUAAUAAAGUAAACGAUAAAUCAAGUGACAAGGUGGUUAAUAACAAAGAUAAUAAACCAGUCUCUAAGGCAUCGGACUCUCCAAAACCUGAACCUAAGACACGUGAGUCUAAUAAGCCAGCCGUUACAUCAAAAGUAGAAGAGAAAACAGAAGAAAAAACAAAAAUGGCUACAAAACCACCAACACCUCUAGAAAAGACACCUUCAAAGCUGCCGCCGCGUAAACCUUCUCUUCAGAAACAAUCGUCAAAGGAUGAGCCUGUGAAAAAAUGGAGGGACCCGCUGCACGAGCGAGUGAAGGAGAAUAUCGACAAGACCCUUGCCAACGAAAUACCUAAGGGGCAUACUCUCACCAAAAAUGAAAGCUUACGGAGCUUACUCAAACCGGCACCACCACCAAUGCCGCCUCCACUUCCACCUAAGAUGCCUCCUCCACCGGAGUUUAAAAAGGCUCCAUUAGAUCCCACCAAAUUAAAAAAAUUGGAGACCCUUCGCAGUCGUCCAAGGAGACGACCUGACUGGAGCGACAUGAUGAAAGAAGUGGAACAGGGGAAGAAAUUAAAAAAAGUAGUCUGUAAUGAUAGGUCAAGUCCCAUCAUAACCAGGUCAGCAGUUGUAAAGAACAAGGAUCAAUUCAUUUUUGAAUCUGAAAAACCCAAUUCGCACAAUGAACUACUCAAAGAAAUUAACAAAGGUAUCAAAUUGAAGAAAGUCAAAACCAAUGAUAGAAGUAAACCUAAUUUAGAAGGUCUUAGAAAAUUCAGAAGACAGAUGACAAUAGAAGAACAAGUCCAGAAGUCUAUGUCACAAGCUAAUAUUGCAGCAUCACCUUCAGGAGUUUCUGUAGCAGAGGUUCCUGGAGCGGAAGAAGAAGAAAUUGAUGAAAUGGAUGACAUUGAUAAAGUUAGAGACGACCUCCAAUCUACAAAGCAACUCUUGGCCAUUGAACUAAGAAAUAAAGAAGCGCAAGAGAGAGAAAACAAACGUUUAAUGACGAGGAUAGCCAAUUUGGAAGCAGAAUUAGCGAGAGAACGAGCCAUUAUAAAACAAGAACAGCACAAAACUGUUAUAUCUGUCACAGAUGCGUAUGAUGAAAGAUUGGUUAAUAACCUUAAAAUGGAGGUAGAGAAAACCAAGGAAAACGCAGACAGUUUGGAAAAACAAUAUUUAGAUGCAGCAGAAGAAAGGGACACAGCGUUAACAGAAUUGGAGGAAGUGAAGAGAAGGAACGCUGAGCUAGAAAAGAAAUUAGAACAAGCAUUAGCAGGUAUCAUGCCUACAAACGUUGGAUCGAGGAGGUCAAGUCACGCCAUCAGACAAUUAUCUAUUACCAAGGAUGAUAGUUUCGAAGAAGAAGAAGAAUCUGAUGAGGAUGAGGAAGAGAGUGAAGAGAAGAAACAGAAACGAAUGGAGAAGGAGAUCAGAAACAUGAGAAACAAAAUAAGACACUUGAAAGAGAAACAAGAUAACAUGAAGAAAGAACGAAUGGCCUACAAAAUGUCUCUGAAGAAUCAACAAGCAGCACUCAAAGAGGAAAAACGAAAAUACAAGGAGUUGAAACAUGAAGUAGACAAAAUGGCACAGAUGAUGAAGGAAGCUGGUUCAGAAGACGAAGAAGACGAGGAAUCUGAAGAGGAAGAGGAAGAAGAGAAAAAGAGUGAGACGGAAGAUGAGGAAUCUGAAACGGAGACUGAGCAAGACACCGAGAGUGAAACUGAAAGCGAAAGUGAACCCGAGGACGCACCAUUGCCUAAAAAGAAAGAGAAUCUUUCGAAACGCGUUAAGCGGCACGAGACAAGAGUCAAUGCUUUGAAGAAAGGUAACACUCUUCUGAUGGCAAACGUCGAUCGCCUCAAAGAUGAUGUGCUCAAACAAAGGGAGGAAUCCGUUACACUACAAAAGGAACUAGACUCUCUCAUAGACGAUUUAGAGUAGAAGAUUGCAGAUAAAAUAAAACCAACGUGUAGCUUUUAAUUUAAAAAUAACUUAUAAAAUAUUAUUCACAACAUACCUACAUAUAAUUCAAACAUCUUUUUUUAAAUAACCGAUUGCUUAAACUCUAGCGCACUUGAUUUAUAUAUUAUUUAGUUAAGAAAUUAUUUUUAACAGCUUUGAAGCACCGUUGAUUCAUUACCACGAGCUCUUAAAACGAUACAAAUGAAAAAUUCUAAUUUGUUUUUUUAUUUCAUCAUUUAUAAAUUCUUAGAAAACUUUUAUUUUUAAUAAGACAGUAACACCACAUAUGCUGUUUUAGAUAUACGGUGUUCCUGUCUUAUUUUUUAUUAUUAUUUAGCUUUUCAAUUUUUAAAUCCUUAAUUCUAAAUUAUUGUUUUUAGUGGAAGAAUUGGGAUUUCUAAUUAUAAUAACGGCAUUAGUAUAUAUCGUAGUCACGAGCUUUUGGAAAGACUUUUCAUAACAUAUCACUUUGAUUUAUCUAAGUAGAUCAGUGUGCAGGCAUUCGUGUUUUUGACGACAUUAAUCUAAUCAUUCCGGUGAUUUACGUCGCACAGUAGGUACUUUUUAUUAUGUGUCAACAUUCAUAAAAAAAAUAUUGUGGUCUCUCUUGCUGGUUUUAAUACACCAAUGCUUUAGACUUUUGGCUAAAAUAUAUUAUCUGUCUCAAAAUAAAAAUAAAAUGCUUGUUAUGGCAUUGAUAUUAAAUGCAUGUCAUUGAAAAGUUCUACAUUGUUAUCAAUCUUCUUAAUUUUAUCGAUAUCUCGAUGACUUUAUUUUUAUAAAAUCAUUAAUUUGAUAUUAUUAACGUUUGUUUUGUUUAAUAAAGUGAUUUGUACAUAAUAUUAAUUUAAGCUUAAAUAUAAAAAUUUAAUUAAUUAUAAUGUAAUCAAUAUUCAGCACAAUAAAUUUUCACUGAUAU